AGGACAGGCCACAUACUCAACUUUCUCUUCAAGAGAACAAAUUAAGUCUAAGAAUGAUAACGCACUUAUUAUUGACAUAUCUCAAUUACUAAACUCAUUCAACGAAAUUAUCUCUUCUCUCUAUGAGAGUGCAGGAAAGGAUAUUGUAGCAAUCAAGCAACACCUUAAAAAAGGAGCACGUUCACAAUUGGAGAUUGUAUUUGCAAGCUUUGACUUACUCAAAGAAUAUGCAACAAAGGGAGUCUGA